GCCAGUAAAACAGGAGUUCUGGUCUCUCAAUUACUCAGUACUGGCUUCGACUCUGAAGUCAAGAAGCAGCUUGAACUAUUUGCAUUGCAACUGGUGCAUAGGCGAGUAGAGAUCUCUGCAUGUGGCUUCUGCACAGUUGAUUUUCCUCUCAUUGCCUCAAUAGCUGGAUCAGUCACAACUUAUUUGGUUAUCCUCAUCCAGUUUCAAGAUUCUGAUCAAGACAAAAAAUGAGUAAAUGAUGUAUUAAAAAAGUGAAUCGGGUAGUGUCUUCAAUUAUUUUUGUUUUUGCAAAUUACGUUUUUUGGAAUGAUGAACGUGUACAAAUUUUUGCAUAAAAUGUGGCAAGAACAAGUUAACACAACUGUUAAUAUAGAAUUAAGAUGGACAGUUGAAUUAGGUAAUUUGGUGUACAUUAAAAACAAUUGUAUGUAAACAAAAACUUCUCUAUUUACAUCAGCAUACAAACUCUCACACCUAUCAAAUAAUUAACAAUAACAUGAAAA